AUGGCUGAAACAUCAGAAAUUGAUUUUGCCUCAUUGGAACCGACACUGUUAAACCGAAUCUCGACACGAACAUAUGGCACGGUAUAUCCAACAGCUGACCAAGUGACUGCAAUCAACACAUUCAUCGCCAAAAUCAACUCGAUGAAUGCCCCAUACAACAAGCCAUGCAAAUUUGCACUUCAGAUGGAAGAUUUCAGUUCAUUCCGUACGUUUGGGUUCAUCACGGGCUCGAAGUAUUGGAUUUUCGGUGUGACGGGGAAAAAUGACCGGAACAGCGACUUGUCGUAUGGGUAUCUGAUGCACCUGAUCAUACUGGAAUGCACCCGCCUCGGCCUCAAGACGGUUUGGUUGGGUGGGACAUUCACGACGUCCGUCUUCACUGCAAU